AUGGUGGAAUAUCUUACAGGCUUCUUCCGUACAACAAUGACUGUACUAGUCAAAUUAGGUGCCAAGAAUACGAUGUGGCGUGAAACUAAAGAUAGAUGACUCGCAGAAACAACAUUGACCUCGAUCUAUCGCAAAGUCUCUAUUGAUGAGCUUGAGCAAGGAACGGUUGCGAUUGGCAUUCCAUUUGCAAAAGCACAAAUACAGUUGACUGAUAUAUUUGAUCAAAGUGUUAUGCUUGGGCAAGAAGGGGUACUGCUUAUAGGCGGUCAUGGUGUUUUUGCUGGUUAUCUAGGACGCGACGAUUUAAAUCAAAAAGCACUACUUAACAUCAAUGGAAAACAGUUUUAUCGAACAGGUGAUCUGGCUCGCAUGAACAGCGAAGGUUUGCUUUACUAUCUCGGCCGAAAGGAUCAUCAAUUAAAAUUACAUGGACAACGCAUUGAACUUGGCGAGAUUGAACGACGUCUACUCAAUAUCACAUCUAUAUCAGCGUGUGUUGUGAUGAAAUGGGGUGAAGAUCGCAUAGUUGCUUACCUUCAACGCUCUUCUCCUAUUCACGAAAAGGAAAUACGAGAGCAUUGCCAAUUAUAUUUACCACCACAUAUGAUCCCAUCUUUCCUUGUUAUUCUUGAUAAAUUACCACUAAAUUUAAAUGGGAAAAUAGAUCGCAAGCAACUUCCUUCGCCUGUUUUUUCAUCAGCGCUGCAUGAGUCUGAAAAUAGCGUGCCACAAACGAGUUUGGAACAACAAAUACAAGAGAUUUCUAUAUUGGAAACGCAACAUGGAUUGCUGACCAAACAUUUCUUAAUUGUUUGUACUAUAAUGAUAAUAACACUUCCACCAUAUCCAAUCAAAAUUGGAUCCAACUGUUCAAUUAGCACGAGAUCAAUUCUAUUUAAUGAGGUAACUAUGGAGGAUAAUAUUAUUGUUCAACCAAUGCCAACAGUUACUGGUUUUAUCAAAUCUCGAACAAUUAUCGAUGGUGAAGGCCAUAAAUUAUCUUCACAAAAUAUUUCGAGUAGUCCUAAUAACAGAAUAUUAUCAACAUGA